UCCAACACAGAAGGAUCACACCAACAACUUAUCACAUUUUGCACUUCAUUAGAUAAUUCAUCUUUCUAUUAUACCUUCUUUCUUUUUUCUUUUUUCUUUUUUCUUUUUUCCUUUUUCUUUUUUCUCAAACCAAAAAACCAAAAGCAAAAAAAAAUUGGUGUUCCUUCAAGAUAUUAUUAUCAUACAUUAACCAUGAUGCAGGAUGUUUUUGAUCCGCCACUUCCAUCAAAUUCAAAUCCAGAUCAACAACAACAUCAACAUCAUCAAAAUCAACAUCAACAACAUCAACAACUUUCCGUUGAUGAAAUUUCAAGCCCUCUUAGCGCCGCGCAAAUUUUCGAGCUAUGUAACCCUGAGUUAUUUCCAGAAGCUUUGCAGAAUUCUGAGGUUACAUCAAGCUCAAAUUGUUGCUAUGAAGAGAAUUCCUCGUAUGCGACAAAUAUAUUAGAUGUAGAAACUAAGUUCAAUAAUAGCAAUAGCAAUAACAACGUAGUCGUCACAACUCCAAGUAGCACCAACAACAUCAACAACAACAACAACAAUAACAAUAAUAACAAUAACAAUUCCAACACUAGCAAUAAUCUGUCUGUUAUCUUCGAUUCGCAAGAAGAAAUCGACAAUGACAUAUCUGCCUCCAUAGAUUUCUCACUCUCACCAUCUUUCAAUGUUACUUCAUUCCUUCCAGUAACAUCAACACAGCAAGUAGAACAAUUUGAUUUCAAUUCUCAUGUUCAACAGCUAACAGCAUGUUCAUCCGUGGAAGGCUUUUCACAGUAUCAUAAUCCAAAUGAUCCAGUUGCACCUCUUAUGGGAGCUCCAUUAUCAUUACCGCCUGUUUUUGAAGAGGAUUGCAUAACUUCUGUACCUUCUUAUGUUCCUUUGAAUCCUUCAUCUCCUUCUUGCAAUUAUCUUAGUCCUGCCGGAAUGGCCGCGUACAUGCCUAAUGGCCCUCUUACCACUGCUUUGUCUGCUGAUAGUUCCGGUUUGUUUGGUGGAAAUAUUCUUCUUGGUUCUGAACUUCAGACUCAAGAGCUUGAUUAUCAAGGAGAUAGUGGUAGAAUUUUUUGCGCAGAUCCUAUUCAGAGGGUGUUUAACCCUCCUGAUCUUCAGGCAAUUAAGACUGAGAAUCAACAACUGGUAGCUGGUUCUGGAAGUUCUGCAUCUUUAACACCAGAAAUCUCAAACUUGGAAGAUUCAACAUUCAAGGUUGGAAAGCUUUCUGUUGAAGAAAGGAAAGAAAAGAUUCACAGAUACAUGAAGAAAAGAAAUGAAAGAAACUUCAGCAAGAAAAUUAAGUAUGCAUGCCGCAAAACACUGGCUGAUAGCCGACCUCGAGUUAGAGGACGAUUCGCAAAGAAUGAUGAUUUUGGAGAGGCGCAAAGAACUGCUAGUGGAAAUCAUGAAGAAGAAGAUGAAGAAGAGGUAGUUGUGAAAGAGGAAGAUGAUAUGGUUGAUUCUUCAGAUAUAUUUGCUCAUAUCAGUGGAGUGAACUCAUUCAAAUGCAACUAUUCUAUUCAAUCAUGGAUUUAACUCAAUAGUUUAUUAAUUAGUUUAUGUAGAUUUUUGCAUGGCCUUGUUCCAAUCCAGAUUUCUCCUAUAUGAUUGGGUUUGAUGGAUGAGGAAGUUGAAUAAUUGGGGUCCUAAUACUAAUAAUAAUAAAGUGAAUGAAGAAUAUAAUUAUAUAUUUAUAUAUAGAAACUAUUCUCAUUACUUGUAUCAACCUAUAAAAAGGUUGAGUUGCUUCCACCUACUAGUGGAGUUCAUUUGUGUAGUUUCUUUUAUAUUAGUUGGAAACUACAUUUUUCUUUUA